CCAGCUGUGAACGUCUUUGAGGAGCUGGCGGCCUUCUCGGGGGGCUACUUCGUGCUGACGUCGAAGGCCCAGCUCGCGGGGGUGCUGGGGGUCAUGGAGCUGGCCCUCAACGCGGCCCCCGUCACGGUGACCCGGGCCCGGCUGCUCGGCUCCCGCUUCCCCUUCCCCGUGGACGACGCCCUGAGCGAGAUCUCGGUGUCCGUGCGCAGCCUGGCCGGCAGCGGCUUCGCCGUCUCCCUCCUGCAGCCCUCGGGCGAGCCGCCGGCCGGCGUGGAGUCGGUGAUCGACACGGCCCUGCACAAGGUGCUGAAGCUGCGGCGGGUGGAGGCCGUGGGGAGCUGGACGGUGGCGCUGACCCCCAGCGGCAGCUACGAGGUGGAGAUCGGGGGCAAGAGCCUGCUGGACGGGACCCUGCAGAUCCUGGAGCAACGCCAGGACCUGCUGCUGCCCAUCCAGGGCCGGCCCGUGCGAGGGGCGAAUUACACCGUCUCGGCCCGGCUGCUGGGGGAGGCCGGCGGCGCCCGGCUGCUCCGGCUCCUGGCCCUGGACGGCACCGGCGGCCUGGUGGGCACCGCGCCGCUGAACCAGAGCACGGACGCCAGCGGGAACCUGCUGGCACUGGCGCCCAUCAGCUUCCAGCUGCCGGCCACGGUGCUGGGCGUGGAGGGGCUGACGGGCGCCGGGUUCCCCUUCACCCGCCUCCGCCCCGACCCCCUGGCCACCGAGUCGGUGCAGGUCCGGGCCCUGGACGGGCAGAACGGCACGCUGCUGCCGGGCGCGGUGACACGGCUGGCGGUGCUGGUUGUGAACGACGGGGCCGAGGCCACGUUCACCUUCUCGGUGACCGACGAGCUGGGGCUGCUGCAAGGAUACGACCCCCCCGGGGGGCACCUGGGGCCCGGCGCCAGCGUCGUCCUCAGCGGGACCUUCGCCGCCCCCGCCAGCCACGCCGGCUUCUCGUCCAGCAUCGCGACGUUUAUGGCACAAAGUUCGUCAGCUCAUAAUUACGUGAAAAUCCCCAUCACGGUGGUGCCAGAAGAGGCCGUGGUGACGGACGAGAACCCACCGACCCACCGGCUGCUGGAGCUCUCCAUGCCCUGCGUGGGCAGCAUCCAGCACGACCCCGACUGCGCCCGGCACGUCUGGACCAUGAGAUUUCACGCGGUCGAUGCCGAGAGUCCGGUCACGGUCCGGGUCGGCGCCAACCCCUCCGGCCUGAGCUGCCGCCCGCGGAGCCCCAGCGCGGACGAGGGCCUCGUGUGUGACUAUCGCUGGACGUGCUGCUCCCCGUACGUGGAGGUGCUGGUCAGUGAUGGGAACGGAAACACAGACGCCUUCACUGUGGACUAUCGGACACCAGGCCCCAGCAGAGCACGGUGAGUGGGGGUCCUGUGCUCACCCCACGGCUCAGCAGGGGAGGGGAACCCCCAGUUCCCGCCGAGCGACCCAAGUGGUCCCCUGUAAAUGGCACCGAUGCACCAACGGGUCUUCGGGGGCUUUAAGCUUUCAAUAAACGCAGGCGCCCAGCAGGUCGAGACGUCUCUGAUCAUUUCAUUGCCCGGAGCCCUGAGGGGCUGGGUGGGGACCCCUGGGCCGGCACUGGGACGCGGCUCCACUGCGGGGGCGCGAGGGGGCAGGGUAUAGGGGGAUCCCUUGCUAAGCACCGAGACCCAGCCCUGCUCUGGGGGGGAACAGUGGCUGGUUACCCGGGGACCCC